AUGACCUACGUGCAUCAUGCCAUAUGGGCCCCAUGGGCCCCAAGAAUUGGGCUCAUCUCCUACUUAGUGUCCACAGAGUUAAAGGUUUCCAGAGACAGAGUCGCCAGAAACGUACUGGACAAAUCUAGCGCCUUUCUUCGUGUUCCGGCUUCGAAGAAGACGGUCUGGAAGCAGUGGCACAUUCUCGUCACCGCUGGGAAUGUUUGCAUAAGUUGUAUCACUGCGGACACUUUACUCAUGCUGUCACUUGGGAUACUCCGGUCUCUUGGGACACUUGGGUCACUUCCAGUGGUGUGUUACAAGUUCACAAGGGACACGUGGGUCACUUCGUUCACUUUGUGGCCUUCAAGACACACUUGGGACCUUGGUGUCACUUGGUCAGAACACUGGGGAGCAUGUGGGGGACACCUCAUUCACUCGGUGACUUGGGGCACGUCACUUUGGGGCACUGGCACUGGGGCCAUUCACCUACUCACUGGGGACACUUUUGUCACCUGCACGCUUGGGCCAAGUCACUUGGGGCACUUGGGUCACUGCCCGGAGGCCGGCUCGGUCGCCCGUCUGGGCGUGGAGCGAAACCUUGAGCUUGCAAAGGAGUGGACGGAACAGGCCGCCAAGCGAGGGCACAAGAAGGCCAUCCGGAGCAAGGGCAUCAAAGUCUUCGGAGUCGGCCCCUGGUUGGACUACGACCCAGACGAGAUGGGAGUGGAGCGCAUCGUGAAGGAGGCCGAGGCGGGCAACACCCACGCGCAGUUCCGUUUGGGAAGCAUGUACUACGAGGGCGAGAAGAUGUCGACGGACAAGGCCAAGGCUUCGUAUUGGUUUAUGCAGGCAGCUCAGGCUGGUCUGCCCGAAGCACAGUACCAGAUCAGCAGGAUGCUGUUUCUUGGUGACGGGGUCGAAGCCGACACUGAGUACGCGAUGCGGUUCCUGAAGCUCGCGGCAGGGAGGGGCCAUGUGGAGUCCAUGCACAACUUGGGAGCCAAGCUGUACUUCGGAGAUGGGAUUGAGAAUGACAGGCGGACGGCGGCCUCCUGGUUUCUCAAGGCGGCGCAGGAGGGCUUCCCGCAGUCGCAGAACAAUUUGGGCUGGAUGCUCUACACCGGUGAUGGCGUGCCGAUGAACACGCAGGAAGGGCUCAAGUGGCUUGAGAAGGCUGCCAAUGCUGGAAACGAGGAGGCUCAGUACCAUCUGCUGGCCGUCCGCGGCACUAUGAUCUCAGGCUGA